GGAACUGUAGAGAUAAUUCUCGCGAGAUGUACAAUGACUGUAGCUUGUAGUGAGGGGCGGAAGCGCAGAGGAGCACCACGUGGGGACCGCAGGAGCUGAUUCUGUAGUCGCCGUCCAGCUCGGGUCUAAGUGGAGAUGCGGAAGGAAACUCCGCCCCCGCUAGUGUCGCCGGCGGCCCGCGAGUGGAACCUUCCCCCUAAUGCGCCAGCUUGUAUGGAGCGGCAGUUGGAGGCUGCGCGGUACCGGUCCGAUGGGUCGCUCCUGCUCGGGGCCUCCAGCCUGAGUGGCCGCUGCUGGGCUGGCUCCCUCUGGCUGUUCAAGGACUCUUGUGCCGCCCCUAACGAAGGCUUCUGCUCCGCUGGAGUCCAGACCGAGGCUGGAGUGGCUGACCUCACUUGGGUGGGGGACAGAGGUAUCAUAGUGGCUUCCGAUUCAGGUGCUGUUGAAUUGUGGGAGCUGGACGAGAAUGAGACACUAAUUGUCAGUAAGUUCUGCAAGUAUGAGCACGAUGACAUCGUGUCUACAGUCAGUGUCCUGAGCUCUGGCACUCAAGCUGUCAGUGGAAGUAAAGACUUCUGUAUCAAGGUUUGGGACCUUGCUCAGCAGAUGGUACUGAAUUCAUACCGGGCUCACUCCGGGCAGGUCACUUGUGUUGCUGCCUCACCCCACAACGACUCUGUGUUUCUUUCAUGCGGUGAGGACAAUAGAAUUUUACUCUGGGAUAUCCGCUCUCCUAAGCCAGCAUCACAGAUGGGCUGCAGUGUCUCUGGCUACCUUCCUACCUCACUGGCUUGGCAUCCUCAGCAGAGUGAGGUCUUUGUCUUUGGUGAUGAGAAUGGGACUGUGUCCCUUGUGGACACCAAGAGUGCAAGGUGUGCCCUCAGCUCAGUGGUGCAUUCCCAGUGUGUCACUGGGCUGGUGUUCUCCCCACACAGGGCUCCCUUACUGGCCUCUGUCAGUGAAGACUGCUCACUUGCUGUGCUGGAUGCAGGCCUUUCGGAGGUGUUUAGAAGCCGAGCCCACAGAGACUUUGUGAGAGAUGCUACCUGGUCCCCACUCAAUCACUCCCUUCUCACCACAGUGGGCUGGGACCAUCAGGUCAUUCACCAUCUCCUGCCCACAGAACCUCUGCCAGCCCCUGGACCUAAGAGUGUUGCUGAGUAGAUUGGAUUUAGGACAAAAAACAAAUGCCCAUGAGCACCCAUUCCCUUUGCCCCCGGCCUCUCAGUUUUUGAGACAACACGGGAGCCUUAUACGUAUGUUGCUACACCAGAGCUAUACAAUUAAUAGGCACCAUCUGUCAGCCUUGGGAAGGCUGGAUUCUGGUAUCCUGUAGAUACCAGGGAAGAAAACUUUCUUGAAAAUGGUUAUGUGUGUAUAUAGGUUUUGGUGAUAGUGGGAAUAAAAAAAUCUAUCCCACAUCUUUCCCAGACCAUCUCUACACACCUAAAGAGAAAAGUUCAUUAGAGAGUUUAUGCUUCCCAUGUAACUGUGAAUGAGGAAUUGGCCAUGUCUGGUUGAAGGAAGAGAUGUGGUCAUCCCUGGAUUCUUGGAAGCAGCUCAUUUACUACUCAGAGAUAGGAGCAACUUUCUUAAUUGAGCUUAAUCCACCUUUAUCACGGGCAGUGCUUAAAGUCUAGCCAGCUCACCUUGAGGAAGAGCCAAGACGCUCAGUUUUAUGUAUCUCCUUGCCAAAAAACUUGAGUCAGGAAUCCAUUUUUUGGCUGAAUAAAAAGUUUGGCUGGUGCUUGUGUAAGGUCCUCCUGACCCCCAUGGAGUUACGUAUAUGAGAGAUGAGUGUUUUUCUGUCAGAUUCCAUAGUAAAAUGUUUUGGGAUGGUGAAGAGCUUAAGGCAUUUCAGUGAAGUUAAAAACUGACACAGACUUUGAACUGACUGAAGAUUUUAAAGGUAGUGUCAAAAUCCAGGAUACUGGUUGAUGGAAUAAAAAGUUGAGGCUUUGUUGGCUUAUCCUUUGAA